AUGAGUUUGGAAUCCUUGUUUCAGCAUAUCAUCUUCUCUGAGCAUCGGGCCGAGGAGAGUCGCCGCUUGAUGCGAGAAGUCAGGUCGGAAAUAAACAGAUGUCGUGAAAAAAUUAAGAAAGCAACAGAGCAGCUGAAUGAAGAGAAAAUCAAGUUGGAAUCUAAGGUUCAGCAGUUUUCUGAAAAAUCCUUCCUCCUACAGCUUUUGAAGACUCAUGAAAAUGCGUUAGAGAGACAGUGCAGUGAAAUUACACACCAAAGGGAUAUGCUUCUCCAAACCUUUGAAGCUACUAAGGAAAAAAUGAUGAAGGAGGAGGAAAAAUUUAUUAAGGAAAUUACAGACUUCAAUAAUGAGUAUGAAAUAACAAAGAAAAGAGAGCUUUUGAUGAAAGAAAAUGUCAAGGUUGAAAUAUCUGACUUAGAAAACCAGGCAAACAUUUUGAAAAGGGAAAUGAAGUCCAUGGAACAUGACAGUGGCCCAUUAAAUGAACUUCAACAACAGAAGAGUAAAUUGAUGCAAGAACUGUUUACUCUGCAGAGAAAACUUAAAGUUUUUGAAGAUAAAAAGAAGGAAGCCAUCUGUACUACCGAAUACCUAGAGGCAGAAAAAAUCAAAAUCCGUGAAAAGCCUCAAAGUGAUGCUGAAUGCUUAAGACUUAAAAAAGAAUUAGAACUUUAUAAGGAAGAUGACAUGCAAAGUGUUUAUGAAGCUCUCCAAACGGAAAUAGAAUUUUUGGAGUUGACGUUGGCACAGAAAGAUCUUCAGGAAAACCAGUAA